GCUUUCAGAUUGGAGAUGAAGCUUCUCCUCAGAGCUCUCAGCGCUCUGCUCUGCUUCUCGCUGGCCUGCGCUCACACUCUGGAUCCUGCUGGGAAGAACGUCUGCCAGAAUAUAAGGGAUCCCUCUGACCUGUUCUGUUGCCUUGGAUGGCGCCAGGAGGGAAAAGAGUGCACAACACCUGUAUGUGAGGGUGAGCAGGCCUGUUUGAAGGGUGAGAUCUGUUUAUAUCCUGGAUUAUGUCGCUGCCCACCUGGCUACUAUGGUGCUGAGUGCAAAACCAACUGUCCUCUUGAGUUCUGGGGUCCAGACUGCCGUCAGAUAUGUAAGUGCUAUCCUAACGGGCGCUGUCAUCCAGCCACUGGCGAGUGCACUUGCCACCCACUCCGCUGGGGCCCACUAUGCAAGCAAACCUGCAGGUGUUCCCGGCACGGGCGCUGCCACCCCAUCCACGGAAACUGCACCUGCGACACCAGCUGGUCGGGUUCAACCUGUGCCAAACCGUGCCAAUGUGAUAUCGGUGGGUCUGUAGGCCCCAGCUGUGACCAGCAGACAGGCAAGUGUCAGUGCCACAAGGGGCACUGGGGGAUGAGGUGUACAAACCUGUGCGACUGUAACCAGUCCCCGUGUAAUCAGCGCAAUGGUGUGUGCGAGUGCAAGCCUGGCAUGUGGGGAACCAGCUGUGACCAGAGUUGUAAAUGUGACCUCAAACACAGCAGCUGUGACGUAAUGAGUGGGACGUGUCUGUGCCACCCAGGAUACAAGGGCGUCUCCUGCAACCAGCCCUGUGAUGCAGGAAAGUAUGGCAUUGACUGUAAAAGGAGUUGUGGUCACUGUAAAAACAACCAGCUUUGCUCUCUGAUCGAUGGCGCAUGUGCAGCCUGUGAGCCUGGCUGGAACGGUACACGAUGCGACCGCCCAUGUCCAUCUGGUUUCCAUGGUGAUGGCUGCAAAGAAGGGUGUCCACGAUGCAGGAACAAUGAACCCUGUGACCCCAAAACUGGGUUGUGUCAGAGCUGUGAUCCCGGAUGGACUGGACCCAGGUGUCAGGAGCGCUGCCUUAACGGGAGGUUUGGAGACGCCUGCCUCUUGACGUGUAGUCCUUGUUUUCAUGGCAACUGCCAUCAUGUGACAGGAAAAUGUGUCUGUGAGCCAGGCUUCCAGGGAGAGAGCUGUAACAACAGCUGCCCUGCCCUCCGGUUUGGCUUCAACUGUUCUUCUGUCUGCGACUGCGGUGAGGGGGUGGCCUGCGACUCUGUGACCGGAGCCUGUCCUAACAGUUACAGAGGUGCUGUGCUUGCGGGUGUGCUGGUUCCUUUGCUCCUGUUGCUUCUUGCUGUAGUUUGCUGCUGCUUGUGUUGUGGAGGACGCCCGACUGGUGACAGAGACAAAGACAGAACAACUGUUCCUGAUGGCGGCUUCUUGGUUCGGAUGAAGUAUCACGUUUAUAGCGUCCUGGCAAACAUUGGCGCUGCCCUGCCGUGUAUCUCCGCCUGGUCCUCUGGCCUGCCUCGUGUCACCGUGUCUCACCAUGACCCUGAGCUGACCUUCAACCACAGCUUCAUUGAGCCUCCUUCCUCUGGCUGGGUGACGGAGGGAUCGUCCUUCGACAGCGAUGAGGAGACGGGAGAGGCUCUUUACUGCGUCCCUCCAAUGGAAGACAUCCCGGCUGUGGCGGGCGGUGAGUUCCAGGAGAUGAGCUCAAAGUGUAACAUGUUCUUAGACCCAUCGGGCUUCAGCAGCGAGGACAUCUCCUCACCCUUUAACAUCCCUCGCACCUCCAGCAUUGCCAAGGCCAAGCGGCCAUCCGUCUCAUUUGCAGAAGGCACCCGCUUCAGCCCCAAAGAGAGGCGUGGCUCUGCUCAGGACCCUGGUGCUCUCCCUCGCAGCAAACCUAAAUCAUCCUGGGGGGUUUUGAUGCUAUCGGCCCUGCAAAGUCAGGGAAGCACAGCUAGAACUGGGGAGGGGGGCGACCUUGAGGGCGAGAAGGAGAAAGAUGGAGUGGAUGUGACCGACAGUCAGGAGUUAAACUGUGAGGAGGCUGACCAGGAAGUAGACAGAACCCCAUCAAGAUCCACCCUGCAGGUUCCUGGAGCAUCAGGACGGAGACGGACUAUGUCUAACACAGCUGCUCAUAAAGGGACAUCGUCCGCCUCUGAUGCUCAAGAAGGGGGUUCUCAUAAGGUCACCACUGUGUAUGUGACGGUGGGUAAGGCGGGUAAGCCCGUCACAAAAACUGAGCCGAGCUCUGAGGGUCCCGUUCAGGCCAUGCUGCGAAGACUGGGCAGCCUCCAGAGGCAAAAAGAGCAGGAGUCUGGCAGGCCUAAGCCGAAGGGGAGUGAAGGCAUCAUCAAACCACCCAGGAAGAAGCUGGGAGCUCGGGCGGCUGUUUGGGAGCAGGGAGGACCGUCUACAAGGGAGGCUGGAGUUUGUAAGCCAAUCAGGAGGAAGCACUCCUCCCACAACUCCUCUGAUACAGCCGGGUCGAAUGGCACACUGCCAACAGAGAGUGGCACUCCAAAACGGCCGCUGUCGUCCAUUUUAAAGAGCGUGCCUGAAGUGGCGUCAGCUGACUCAGGGUCUAAUUUGCGGGCGGAAGGAGACGAAAGGCAGCACGCUGCCCCGCAUCAUGAAGAACAAAUUGAGAGCACCUACCGGACUCUGAGACCCGUGGGAGAUGCUGCAAGCCCCAUUGAAAUCAUUACCAAUGAAGGAGCGACGGUCAGUGUGACUGAUGAACCCUGGUACGAAAAUGUCCAGAUCAAAAACUCGUGACCUCUGAGAAAACGUGUCAACAGGACUGAUCGAAAAACAGCCGCAUGUUUGUUAUCCUGCAGUUAUAACUGAACAACGGGGAAAGCUUCUCUGAGAGAUUUGUGUAACUGCAGCUCACAUGACUGAAAUGACAGAGAAAUUGUGAUUUUAAAAAUAGCAACCGUUAAUGAAAUUUCAAACAACAGAUGGAACAAGAAAAUAAGGUGUUUUCUAACAAGAACACUACACAGUAUGUUGUUGCCUUGGUGUUGUUCCCACACUGUAACCCAUGUUUCCCCAGUACCAUGACCCUGAACUGACCGAUCAUGCUGUUAUGAAUUUUUAUCUUUGCAACUUAGUUUAUCUUCAGGCCUUUUCAAUACUCACUAAACAUAUUUUCCCUAAACCUAUAACCAAGUGUUUUUGGCUUAACCUAAAAACAACUGCAACUGAAAACUGAAACUACUCUUUUUAGUAUUGUUUUAAUCUAAGCCUAAAAAUCAAAAUAUUUACUUUUACAUUCGCACAAACUUACAGUCUCGUGGGUGAAAGUCCUGCAUUUAGACUUUCAUUAGCCAACAGCUUUAGGAGCAACAUCAACUGGGUCCUGGGUUUGAAUCCAUUGGCUGUUUCGGGGCCUUUCUGUUCUCUCUGGGUACUCUGAGUCCCUCGCGCAGCCCAAAGACAUGUAUGUUAGAUUAAUUAGUGAAUCUAAAUAGGCUGAAGGUGUGAAUGUGUGACGACCCAUGGGAUUGGCUCCAGCACCCCCAUGAUGGAUGGAUGGACGGAUGUAAUAUCUGCACCUGUUGUGCUUAUAUAGUCAGAAAGGAUAAAUGGAAGGAAAGAGUGGAAGUUUGUGGAA